AUGGCCAACCUGCUAUCCAACCAUCCCUCCCUUCUCCACCUGAACCCCUUUACAGGCUGUCUCCGACAGGAGGUUCUACAGUUGCAGCUGUCGUCCAAGGGCCCCCUGUCUCUUAAAGGUAACGCAGCAGAGCUCCAAACCCUGGCCUGCUUCAAACCUUAUUACUCAUUUGUCACCUGGACCCAUUUUCUGCCUAUGGCCAUCUGUCAACUAUUCCUGUUUGACCAUCACAUCCCAAUACUUCCCCACCCUAUUAACUCCUCUUUACCAUUAGAUGGUCAUUGUCACAAUUAAUAUGGUCUUGCAUGGGUCAUGCCAAUGACGUUACAGGUGUAGUAGCUACUUUCAACCAUUCCAAACCAUGUCUUCUGGGAGUUCACUGCCAUAUGUUUUUCCCUGCCUCACAUCACCUCGGCUGGUCCCAUGUCCCAGGAUUCCCAGCAUUGUCGCCCCCUCUGUCCUGCUAACGCUGUAUCACCAGAUGGAUACUCCCAGCUCCACCCUCCCCUUUGCACCCCACCCCUCCCCUGAUUGUGAUGUCAUGUUAGCCAACUCACUGACCUCACUCUUCUCAUAGAGGCUUUAUUCAGAAUGCUGCAUGGCACUCUCUCAAAACCAUAGCAUUACCAUUCGUCAGCUUUCCUAUCGCAUACACCCUGUGUUGUGUUUUGUAUUGAUGCUCUAUGCUUCAGGUUCUUUCUUCAGAGAAAUCUGUUUGUAAUUCCAGUCCUGUUGUGAUGUGCCAGAAUCUGACUUAGUUUUUUAACCUUGAGCAGCCGGGAAGUUGCUUAUGAAAUGCUGCGUUAAAGACCCAAUUGGCGAAGACUAAGUUUAUAUGCGGGCACAGGAAGCCCAUGCUGGUAUGUGCGAGACUGUAUGGUCCCCAGUAAGGGGGACGCGGUGACGACAAUGAGGUCCCGCCCUUUCCUCUCACUGGACAUAUCAAGGGAAGAAUAGCCCUGCCACUCUCAAGCGCCUCCCCUUGGCAUGACUGAGGUGCACUGCAGAUAGUUGUGGAAACGUUGAGUGAUUACUAUAGGCUGACACGUGUAUGGUGGUUUGGAACACAGGCACACACUGCCUGGGGGUCAAGGUUGCUCACCAGUAAGUCACGUGACUGAUAAGGGCCCACUCAGGUACUGUAUGAUCACUAAGAACAGAGGAGAGAAUGGGAAUGAAUGAGAGCAACACUUAUUGAAUUUGAUCAAUGGCAGUCAUUGUAGAAUAUAAACUAAAUUAAUGGACAUGUUUCCUGGAACCCAUUGUUUAUCUGUGGACUUCAUAGUAAAGGUGGUCAUACUAUUAUAUAAGCCUGAGGACACUACAGUACUGUUGUCGUCAGCUCAUGCCUCAAAGUUCUUCCUGUGUUUUUAGUGACGGUUUUUCUCAGACCUGUAAUUUUAAAGGCUUCCCCUAGCCCUAGAGCCAUUGAACAGGAAGGGGAUUGUAUCACUGGAUUCCCUCCCUCCAGGUCUGUCAGCCCGGUGAACUUUCCCCCAGUAAAGCUCUCUGCUGGGGCAGGGCAGGCCAGAUGACUGGCUGGGUUAGUGGGACAGAGAUUUAGGUAGGAGUGGGGGGGGGUUGAGCUGGGGCUGGGUCAUCCUGGCCAGGACUGGGUUAGGCUCCCAUGCUGGCUCAGGGCUUUCUAAUGUUGUCAGGAUUACCGUGGGCCAGUCACAUGGUCUGUGAGGAGAGGCGGCCGGUCAUUGUGUGUGAUGUGCGGGUCAGGCAGGUCGUGUCAGUGUGACCCAGAGGUUACAACCUCACUGUGGAACAUGGAAGCUAUGGCGUCUACAGGGAACAGUACUGUAUGAAGAGGAAAGGUCAUACCUGUAUCAGUGCCAGUGAGGUCAUGGAUCUCAUUGAUAUCCGUAAAGCCCUCCAUGGAAGACAAACUGUCAAAUCAAGAUAGAAAAAUACAUGUCAAAUGUUAUCCCAUUUACCAGAAAUGCUGUGGAUUUAAUUGAAGCACAUUUACAAGUUGAGAGACUUGUAAGAGCUUGACCUAUAGAGCCAUCCCUCACUUUCAAUUAAUGCAAUAAAUUUGCCCAAUAGUUGUCAGUGCAGAACCAGUAAAAUGCUAAUAAUGUAAUCGAGACUAUGGUGUCUCUGCCACCUGUCAGGUUAGGGCCACAGUCAGGUAGCUGUGCUACUGGCAGUGCCAGUCAAAUCAGAUAAAAGUUGAUUGUUUGUGUACACAGAUUUGCAGAUUUUAUCGCAGGUUAUUUUCCUGGCACCACUCCGCCAGGGCUCUCACCUCCUCCCUGUAGGCUGUCUCAUCAUUGUUGGUAAUCAGGCCUACCACUGUUGUCGUCAGCAAAAUUGACGAUUGCGUUUGAGACACGCGUGGCCACGCAGUCAUGGGUGAACAGGGAGUACAGGAGGGGGCUGAGCACGCACCCCUGUGGGGCCCCCGUGUUGAGGUUCAGCGUGGCGGAGGAUGUUGUUGUCUAUCUUCACCACUUGGGGUUGUCCCGACAGGAAGUCCAGGACCCAGGGCCCUGAGCUUAGUGAUGAGCUUGGAGGGCACUAUGGUGUUGAAGACUGAGCUGUAGUCAAUGAAGAGCAUUCUUACAUAGGAAUUUCUCUUGUCCAAGUGGAAUAGGGCAGUGUACACUGCAAUGGCGAUUGCGUAGUCUGUGGAUCUGUUGGGGCGAUAUGCAAAUUAAGUCGGUCUAGGGCGUGAUUUCUUAAACUAUGGUUCGGGAACCAAAGUGAGCCCUGGGCAUGUUAGAGGUGGGUCACGAGUUAUGAGAAUACAUCUAUAAUCACACAAUAUUUCGUCUUAAUUUGGGCUUAUGAAGGAUGAUUUGGGUCUCGGGAGGAUGGUCAACUUUUCAUUUGGGUACCGAGCUGAUAAAGUUUAUGAACCGCUGGUCUAGGGUGUAAGGUGAAGGUGAUAUGGUCCUUAACUCGCCUCUCAAAGCACUUUAUGGUGACAAGUGAGUGCUACGAGGCGAUAGUCAUUUAGUUCAGUUACCUUCACUUUCUUUGGUACAAGAACAAUGGUGGACAUCUUGAAGCAAGUGGGGACAACAGACUGGGAGAGCGAGAGAUUGAAUAUGUCCGUGAACACUCCAGCCAGAUGGUCAGUGGGCUCGGCUGUGUCUGAAGGAUUACCCUGUGGGCAGCGAGCGCACGCGACUAGCGUUCCCAGUUUAGCUACGUGUGAUGUGCACGUGUCAGCACUGUGGAGAGAAUAGACCCUGCUCUCUAUAAGGAGAGGUUCCUGGGGUAUCAUGACGACACCAACAGCUGAGCCACUGACAGAGAAAAAGUUAACUUCUAGCUCACUCUUCUUCUCCUCCUCCCCUGCCCCCCUUCCGGUCCCUCUUUCCUGCUCUCACUUCCUCUCCUCCUUCUUUCUCUCCUCAAUUCUUUCUCUCAUUCUCGUAGGGGGGAGGAAUGGGGUGAAGGGUGAGUCAGCUGCCAGUGAUGAUGACCUGGCGUCUGAUGUGCUCAGUCACUACAGCAGUGCCAGCGAGAGCGCCUCCGUGUUGGACGAGGGCACAGGUGGGUGCACGCACAUACAUACAGUUGAAGUCGGAAGUUUACAUACACUUAGGUUGGAGUCAUUAAAACUCGUUUUUCAACCACUUCACACAUUUCUUGUUAACAAACUAUAGUUUUGGCAAGUCGGUUAGGACAUCUACUUUGUGCAUGACACAAGUAAUUUUUCCAACAAUAAUUCACUGUAUCACAGUUCCAGUUGGUCAGAAGUUUACAUACACUAAGUUGACUGUGCCUUUAAACAGCUUGGAAAAUUCCAGAAAAUGACUUUAGAAGCUUCUGAUAGGCUAAUUUACAUAAUUUGAGUCAAUUGGAGGUGUACCUGUGGAUGUAUUUAAAGGCCUACCUUCAAACUCAGUGCCUCUUUGCUUGACAUCAUGGGAAAAUCAAAAGAAAUCUGCCAAGACCUCAGAAAAAAAAUUGUAGACCUCCACAAGUCUGGUUCAUCCUUGGGAGAAAUUUCCAAACGCCUGAAGGUACCACGUUCAUCUGUACAAACAAUAGUACGCAUGUAUAAACACCAUGGGACCACGCAGCCGUCAUACUGCUCAGGAAGGAGACGCAUUCUGUCUCCUAGAGAUGAACGUACUUUGGUGCGAAAAGUGCAAAUCAAUCCCAGAACAACAGCAAAGGACCUUGUGAAGAUGCUGGAGGAAACAGGUACAAAAGUAUCUAUAUCCACAGUAAAACAAGUCCUAUAUCGACAUAACCUGAAAGGCCGCUCAGCAAAGAAGAAGCCACUGCUCCAAAACCGGCAUAAAAAAACCAGACUACGGUUUGCAACUGCACAUGGGGACAAAGAUAGUACUUUUUGGAGAAAUGUCCUCUGUUCUGAAGAAACAAAAAUAGAACUGUUUGCCAUAAUGACCAUCGUUAUGUUUGGAGGAAAAAGGGGGCUGCUUGCAAGCCGAAGAACACCAUCCCAACCAUGAAGCACGGGGGUGGCAGCAUCAUGAUGUGGGGGUGCUUUGCUGCAGGAGGGACUGGUGCACUUAACAAAAUAGAUGGCAUCAUGAGGAAGGAAAAUUAUGUGGCUAUAUUGAAGCAACAUCUCAAGACAUCAGUCAGGAAGUUAAAGCUUGGUCACAAAUGAGUCUUCCAAAUGGACAAUGACCCCAAGCAUACUUCCAAAGUUGUGGCAAAAUGGCUUAAGGACAACAAAGUCUAGGUAUUGGAGUGGCCAUCACAAAGCCCUGACCUCAAUCCUAUAGAAAAUGUGUGGUCAGAACUGAAAAAGCGUGUGCGAGCAAGGAGGCCUACAAACCUGACUCAGUUACACCAGCUCUGUCAGGAGGAAUGGGCCAAAAUUCACCCAACUUAUUGUGGGAAGCUUGUGGAAGGCUACCCAAAACGUUUGACCCAAGUUAAACAAUUUAAAGGCAAUGCUACCAAAUACUAAUUGAUUGAAUGUAAACUUCUGACCCACUGGGAAUGUGAUGAAAGAAAUGAAAUCUGAAAUAAAUCAUUCUCUCUACUAUUAUUCUGACAUUUCACAUUCUUAAAAUAAAGUGGUGAUCCUAACUGACCUAAGACAGGGAAUUUUUACUAGGAUUACAUUUCAGGAAUUUUGAAAAACAGUUUAAACGUAUUUGGCUAAGGUAUAUGUAAUCUUCAGACUUCAACUGUACACGCACACACACACACACACACACACAGGAAAGUCACACCAUGCAGUUGGCAUCAUUGACUUGUGUGUCUUGUCCAGCACAGGAGGAGGUGGUGAACCAGUAGAUGAACAGACUGCCCAGGAGGAGACAGAAGACAAGCUGAAACAAUGCAUAGAUAACCUGAUGGACAAGAGGUGGGUUUCACAGGAUUUAAAAUGUUUUUACAGAAGGACUCACUGUACACAUUCUAACAGCACAAAAAACUACAACCACCAAAGUUGCUAGUACUUGGGUACGUGGACAUUAGGAACAUGUAGUGCCUUCAGAAAGUAUUCACACCCCUCAACUUUUUCCACAUUUUGUUAAAGCAAUUAUUUAAAAUUAAUUUAAUUGAGAUUGUUUGUCACUGGCCUACACACAAUAAUAUCCCAUAAUGUAAUAGUGGAAUUAUGUUUACAAAUUAAUUAAAUUAAAUGUCUUGAGUCAAUAAGUAUUCAACCCCUUUGUUAUGGCAAGCCUAAAAGUUCAGGAGUAAAAAUGUGCCUAACAAGUCACAUAAUAAUUUGCAUGGACUCACUGUGUGCAAUGAUAGAUGUUUGAAUGACUACCUCAUCUCUGUACCCCACACAUACAAUUAUCUGUAAGGUCCCUCAAACAUAGAAUCAAACACAAAGACCAGGGAGGUUUUCAAUGCCUCACAAAGAAGGGCACCUGUUGGUAGAUGAGUAAAAAAAACCCAAAAAAACAGACAUUGAACAUUCCUUUAAGCAUGGUGGAGUUAUUAAUUACACUUUGGAUGGUGUAUCAAUACAGCCAAUCACUACAAAGAUACAGGCGGCCUUCCUAACUCAGUUGCCAGAGAGGAAGAAAACUGCUCAGGGAUUUCACCAUGAGGCCAAUCAAUGGUGACUUUAAAACAGUUACGGAGUAUAAUGGCUGUUUAUAGGAAAAAACUGAGGAUGAUCAACAACAUUGUAAUUACUCCACAAUACUAACCUAAAUGAAAGAGUGAAAAGAAGGAAGCCUGUACAGAAUACAAAUAUUCCAAAACAUGCAUCCUGUUUGCAAUAAGGACACUAAAGUAAAACUGCAAAAAAUGUGGCGAAGAAAUUGACUUUGUCCUGAACAUAUUAUGUUUGGGCAAACACAGCACAUCACUGAGUACCAGCAUGGUGGUGGCUGCAUGAUGUUAUGGGUAUACUCGUCAUCGGCAAGGACUAGGGAGGUUUUAGCAUAAAAAGAAACGGAAUGGAGCUAAGCACAGGCAAAAUCCUAGAGGAAAACCUGGUUCAGUCUGUUGCUUUCCAACAGACACCGGGAGACAAAUUCACCUUUCCGCAGGACCAAUAACCUAACAUGCUGACCAGACCGCAUGCGCACCAUCGCGUGCAUGUUGAUUUUGUCCACCCACACCAGACGCGAUCAGGACACGCAGGUUGGAAUGUCAAAACGAACUCUGAACCAACUAUAUUAACUUUGGGACAGGUCGAAAACCAUUAAACAUGUAUGACAAUUUAGCUAGCUAGCUUGCUGUUGCUAGCUAAUUUGUCAUGGGAUAUAAACAUUGGGUUGUUAUUUUACCUGAAAUGCACAAGGUCCUCUACGCCGACAAUUAAUCCACAGAUAAAAGGGUAAACUGAGUGAGUUUCUAGUUCUCUCCUCCUUCAGGCUUCUUCUUCUUCUUUGGACUUUAUAUGGCGGUUGGCAUCCAACUAUAACCUUUUAAGGAUCGGACCCUUUUUUUCAAUUUUCGCCUAAAAUGACAUACCCAAAUAUAACUGCCUGUAGCUCAGGACCUGAAGCAAGGAUAUUCAUAUUCUUGAUACAAUUUGAAAGGGAACACUGAAGUUUGUGGAAAUGUGAAAUGAAUGUAGGAGAAGAUAACACAUUAGAUCUGGUAAAAGAUAAUACAAACAAAAAACAUGCGUAUUGUUAUUAUUAUUUAUUUUUUCAUCUUUGAAAUGCAAGAGAAAGGCCACAAUAUAAUAUUGCAGUUUAGGUGCAAUUUAGAUUCUGUCCACUAGAUGGCAGCAGUGUGUGUGCAAAGUUUCAGAUUUAUCCAGUGAAGCAUUGCAAUACUGGACUAUUUUGUAUCAAGUCUGGCCAAAUGUGCCGAAUUGGUAUAUUGAUACAUUUUCAAGUACAUAACUAUAGAGAACAUACAUUAUGUAUAACCAUUUGGCAAAUCUGACCAUAACUCUAUCCUCCUGAUUCCUGCUUAUAAGCAAAAACUAAAGCAGGAAGCACCAGUGACUCGGUUAAUAAAAAAGUGGUCAGAUGACGCAGAUGCUAAGCUACAGGACUGUUUUGCUAGCACAGACUGGAACAUGUUCCGGGAUUCUUCAGAUAGCAUUGAAGAGUACACCACAUCAGUCACUGGCUUCAUCAAUAAGUGCAUCGAUGAUGUCGUCCCCACAGUGACCGUACGUACAUACCCCAACCAGAAGCCAUGGAUUACAGGAAACAUCCGCACUGAGCUAAAGGGUAGAGCUGCCGCUUUCAAGGAGCGGGACUCUAACCCGGACGCUUAUAAGAAAUCCCGCUAUGCCCUCCGACGAACCAUCAAACAGGCAAAGAGUCAAUACAUGACUAAGAUUGAAUCGUACUACACCGGCUCUGACGCUCGUCGGAUGUGGCAGGGCUUGAAAACUAUUACAGACUACAAAGGGAAGCACAGCCGCGAGCUUCCCAGUUACACAAGCCUACCAGACGAGCUAAACCACUUCUAUGCUCGCUUCGAGGCAAGCAACACUGAAGCAUGCAUGAGAGCACCAGCUGUUCCGGAUGACUAUGUGAUCACGCUCUCCGUAGCCGAUGUGAGUAAGACUUUUAAGCAGGUCAACAUUCACAAGGCCGCAGGGCCAGACGGAUUACCAGGAUGUGUACUCCGAGCAUGUGCUGACCAACUGGCAAGUGUCUUCACUGACAUUUUCAACAUGUCCCUGACUGAGUCUGUAAUACCAACAUGUUUCAAGCAGACCACCAUAAUCCCCGUGCCCAAGGACACUAAGAUAACCUGCCUAAAUGACUACCGACCCGUAGCACUGACGUCUGUAGCCAUGAAGUGCUUUGAAAGGCUGGUCAUGGCUCACAUCAACACCAUUAUCCCAGAAACCCUAGACCCACUCCAAUUUGCAUACCGCCCCAACAGAUCCACAGAUGAUGCAAUCUCUAUUGCACUCCACACUGCCCUUUCCCACCUGGACAAGAGGAACACCUACGUGAGAAUGCUAUUCAUUGACUACAGCUCAGCAUUCAACACCAUAGUGCCUUCAAAGCUCAUCACUAAGCUAAGGAUCCUGGGACUAAACACCUCCCUCUGCAACUGGAUCCUGGACUUCCUGACAGGCAGCCCCCAGGUGGUAAGGGUAGGUAACAACACAUCUGCCACACUGAUCCUCAACACGGGGGCCCCUCAGGGGUGCGUGCUCAGUCCCCUCCUGUACUCCCUGUUCACCCAUGACUGCAUGGCCAGGCACGACUCCAACACCAUCAUUAAGUUUGCCGACGACACAACAGUGGUAGGCCUGAUCACCGACAACGAUGAGACAGCCUACAGGGAGGAGGUCAGAGACCUGGCCGUGUGGUGCCAGGAUAACAACCUCUCCCUCAACGUGACCAAGACAAAGGAGAUGAUUGUGGACUACAAGAAAAAAAAAGAGGACUGAGCACGCCGCCCCCAUUCUCAUCGACGGGGCUGUAGUGGAACAGGUUGAGAGCUUCAAGUUCCUUGGUGUCCACAUCACCAACGAACUAUCAUGGUCCAAACACACCAAGACAGUCGUGAAGAGGGCACGACAAAGCCUAUUCCCCCUCAGGAGACUGAAAAGAUUCGGCAUGGGUCCUCAGAUCCUAAAAAAAUUCUACAGCUGCUCCAUCGAGAGCAUCCUGACUGGUUGCAUCACCGCCUGGUAUGGCAAUUGCUUGGCCUCCGACCGCAAGGCACUACAGAGCGUACGGCCCAGUACAUCACUGGGGCCAAGCUUCCUGCCAUCCAGGACCUCUAUAUCAGGCGGUGUCAGAGGAAGGCCCUCAAAAUUGUCAAAGACUCCAGCCACCCUAGUCAUAGACUGUUCUCUCUGCUACCGCACGGCAAGCGGUACCGGAGUGCCAAGUCUAGGUCCAAAAGACUUCUCAACAGCUUCUACCCCCAAGCCAUAAGACUCCUGAACAGCUAAUCAUGGCUACCCGGACUAUUUGCACUGCCCCCCCACCCCAUCUUUUUACGCUGCUGCUACUCUGUUAAUUAUUUAUGCAUAGUCACUUUAACUCUACCCACAUGUACAUAUUACUUCAACUAUCUCAACUAGCCGGUGCCCCCGCACAUUGACUCUGCACCGGUACCCCCCUGUAUAUAUAGCCUCCCUACUGUUAUUUUAUUUUACUUUUGCUCUUUUUUUCUCAACACUUUUUUUGUUGUUGUUUUAUUUUACUUUUUUAUAAAAAAUAAAUGCACUGUUGGUUAAGGGCUGUAAGUAAGCAUUUCACUGUAAUGUCUGCACCUGUUGUAUUCGGCGCAUGUGGCCAAUACAUUUGAUUUGAUUUGACCACCAAGUUUACACACUCCCAGGAAUGUCAUACAUGAUGGAUCAUUAGCUUAUACACUAACUUUCACACAUCUAGAUGGCCAGGCGGGGUGGGUGUGGAGCCAGAGACAGCAGGGGUUCAAACAGUAGAACCUAGUUCCUACAAUUGAAUAUAAAAAUGGGUUUUAUCAAACUAAACUGCUACAUUUCAUCUUUGAGACCCUUAGGAUGACAAAUCAGAGCAAGAUUACUGAAUGUAAGUACAUUAUUUACCUUUAGAGGUAAAUGUAUCAAACCAGUUGCUGUGAUACGAUUUUUGUUGUGCACUCUCCUCAAACAAUAGCAUGGUAUUUUUUCACUGUAAUAGCUACUGUAAAUUGAACAGUGCAAUUAGAUUAACAAGAAUUUAAGCUUUCUGCCCAUAUAAGACAUGUCUAUGUCCUGGAAAGUUAGCUGUUUCUUACAAAAGUCAUGCUAAUCACAUUAGCGCAUGUUAGCUCAACCGUCCCAUACGGGACACCAAUCCCGUAGAGGUUAAGGUGCAUUACCACCACCAACUGGACUGGAGUGUGGACCUUCGCUCAUCUUUCGAUCACCAACGUGGGUAUACAGUGAGGGAAAAAAGUAUUUGAUCUCCUGCUGAUUUUGUACGUUUGCCCACUGACAAAGACAUGAUCAGUCUAUAAUUUUAAUGGUAGGUUUAUUUGAACAGUGAGAGACAGAAUAACAACAAAAAAUCCAGAAAAACACAUGUCAAAAAUGUUAUGAAUUGAUUUGCAUUUUAAUGAGGGAAAUACGUAUUUGACCUUUCUGCAAAACAUGACUUAGUACUUGGUGGUUAAAACCCUUGUUGGCAAUCACAGAGGUCAGACGUUUCUUGUAAUUGGCUACCAGGUUUGCACACAUCUCAGGAGGGAUUUUGUUCCACACUUUUGAUCUUCUCCAAGUCAUUAAGGUUUCUAGGCUGACAUUUGACAACUCGAACCUUCAGCUCCCUCCACAGAUUUUCUAUGGGAUUAAGGUCUGAAGACUGGCCAGGCCACUCCAGGACCUUAAUGUGCUUCUUGAGCCACUCCUUUGUUGCCUUGGCCGUGUGUUUUGGGUCAUUGUCAUGCUGGAAUACCCUUCCACAACCCAUUUUCAAUGCCCUGGCUGAAGGAAGGAGGUUUUCAUGGCCCCGUCCAUCGUCCCUUUGAUGUGGUGAAGUUGUCCUGUCCCCUUAGCAGAAAAAAUACCCCCAAAGCAUAAUGUUUCCACCUCCAUGUUUGACGGUGGGGAUGGUGUUCUUGGGGUCAUAAGCAGCAUUCCUCCUCCUCCAAACACGGCGAGUUGAGUUGAUGCCAAAGAGCUCGAUUUUGGUCUCAUCUGACUACAACACUUUCACCCAGUUCUCCUCUGAAUCAUUCAGAUGAUCAUUGGCAAACUUCAGACGGCCCUGUAUAUGUGCUUUCUUGAGCAGGGGGACCUUGCGGGCGCUGCAGGAUUUCAGUUCUUCACGGCGAAGUGUGUUACCAAUUGUUUUCUUGGUGACUAUGGUCCCAGCUGCCUUGAGAUCAUUGACAAGAUCCUCCCGUGUAGUUCUGGGCUGAUUCCUCACUGUUUUCAUGAUCAUUGCAACUCCACGAUGUGAGAUCUUGCAUGGACCCCCAGGCCGAGGGAGACUGACAGUUUUUUUGUGUUUCUUCCAUUUGCGAAUAAUCGCACAAACUGUUGUCACCUUCUCACCAAGCUGCUUGGCCAUGGUCUUUUAGCCCAUUCCAGCCUUGUGUAGGUCUAUAAUCUUGUCCCUGACAUCCUUGGAGAGCUCUUUGGUCUUGGCCAUGGUGGAGAGUUUGGAAUCUGAUUGAUUGAUUGCUUCUGUGGACAGGUGUCUUUUAUACAGGUAACAAGCUGAGAUUAGGAGCACUCCCUUUAAGAGUGUGCUCCUAAUCUCAGCUCGUUACCUGUAUAAAAGACACCUGGGAGCCAGAAAUCUUUCUGAUUGAGACGGGGUCAAAUCAUUAUUCCCCUCAUUAAAAUGCAAAUCAAUUUAUAACAUUUUUGACAUGCGUUUUUCUGGAUUUUUUUGUUGUUAUUCUGUCUCUCACUGUUCAAAUAAACCUACCAUUAAAAUUAUAGACUGAUCAUUUCUUUGUCAGUGGGCAAACGUACAAAAUCAGCAGGGGAUCAAAUACUUUUUUCCCUCACUGUAUGCUCCUAAAAACCAAUGAGGAGAUGGGAGAGGCGGGACUUGCAGCGCGUCAAGCAUCACAAAUAGAACCAAGUUCUGUUUUAGAGCCUGGCUACGCAGAUGUGCGCGAGCAGUGUGGGUGCAAUGAUUGAAUAACAUGUAUGUGCACAUUUAUUUUGCAGCGCAUGCAACACGGGCGGUCUGGUCAACCUGUUGGACACAAGGCCAAAUAUACACUGGACAACAAUGAAUGUUUUUGAGUGGCAUAGUUACAGUCUGGACUUAAAUCUGCUUGAAAAUCUAUGGCAAGACUUGAAAAUGGCUGUCUAGCUAUGCUCAACAACCAACUUGAGAGAGCUUGAAGAAUUUUAAAGAUAAUGUGCAAAUAUUGUACAAUCCAGGUGUGCAAAGCUCUUAGAGACUUACCCAGAAAGACUCACUGCUAUAAUCGCUGCAAAAGGUGAUUCUAACAUGUAUUGACUCAGGGGGUUCAAUACUUAUCUAGUUAAGAUAUAUUAGUGUUUUUUAUUUUAUUAUUUGUUCAAUUAUCUUUUUUUGCAAAUGCUGGAGUAUUUUGUGUAGAUCGUUGACAAUUAAUUCAGUUUGAAUCCCACUUUGUAACACAACAUGUGGAAAAAGUGGUGUGAAUACAUUCUGAAGGCACGAAGAUCAGCUUCAACAAUGGUGUAGUUGUCCUCUCAUAACUACAUCAUUAGAGAUGUGUAGAGACAUACUGACGUGGCCCUUCCUCCUGUCCCUCUCAGUGCAAAGACGCGCCUGGCAGCCCUGGACUCUCUGAGAGGGGCCUUUUCCUCCAGGCUGCUCUAUGACUUCCUGAUAGAAAGACGCCUCACCAUCAGCGACUGCCUGGAGAGGAGCCUGCGCAAGGGUGAGACUCCACGGCACUGUGUGUGGGGGUUGUGGUUGGGAAAGGAACGAUGGCUCUAUGAAUUAUGGUGGUAAAUAUAGUCAAACGUACAUCACUUUAGGUGGUGCUGGCCUGACAAACUUUAAAAGAUGAGCAGGACCUACACUUACUCUACCAUACCUUUAUCUGGCUGGAAAAUUAACAAUAUUUCCAUCCAAAAUGGACCUUCGUCAAGUCUGAUUUUAGGCUCUAUGAAUUCAGUUCUUCUAAUUGACCAAGUUCCAUGAUAGCCUGACUUCUCUUGUUGAUCUUGUAAAAGGUAUCUUACCCUCUACCCUUUUCCAUCCCUCUACUCGGUUUCUGUCCCUUUUCACCAUUCUCCUUUCUCAGGAGGUGGAGAGGAGCAGGCUGCGGCGGCCACAGUGUGUGCCCAGCUGUGUGUGCAGCUAGGCGGGGGGGACGAGGGUGAGGAGGGCUUCAAGAUCCUACGGCCUGUCCUCAGCGCCAUCAUGAUUGACGGCUGUGCCAGUGUGGCUGCCCGCCAGAGCGUGAGUGUCACCAUUGGCCUUCAUCACACUCCUGUUGUCGACUGCAGUUUUCCACUAAGAGUGCAUUCUUGGAAGUCACAGUUGAAGUUGUUCAUCCCUCUUCCUCUUGCAGUGUGCCAGAGCUCUGGGUAUGUGCUGUUACGUUUCUGCUGCGGAAGACGGAGAGGUGAGAUUCUCUAGAAAUCCUUUUCAUUCUAUUUCUCUGUAGCUGGGAAAGAGAUGUAGUAUGGAAAAUCAAGUUCCAAAAAUUAUCUCUCGUGCGCUUUUUCUCUCUGUCAUUAUUUUUCCCUGUCUCCCCCUGUGGCAGGACUUAGUGAAAUCCAUCAGUCACCUGGAGAGUGUAUUCACCAUGUCGUACCCCAACCGUGAGGGCAUCCUGCCCACCCCUAACGCCGGUGCCCCUGGGCUCCACAGCGCCGCCCUGCAUGCCUGGGCCCUGCUCGUCACCCUCUGCCCCGCCUCCCGCCUCACUGUGCUGCUAGACCUGUGAGUGACACACAGACAGACAGACAGACAGACGGGCUGUGUCUCAAAUGACACCCCCUUUCCCUAUUUAGUGCAGUAGUACUGUACUGCAUAUUUGACUAAAGUAGUGCACUGUACGGCACUACAUGGGGAAUAGGGUGUUAUUUGAGACACAGCCGGGAUCUUGCCAUUAAGAGGAAGAAGAGCAAGAUGGCACCCUUAAUAAAAAGUGACUAUAACCUGCCGUGUUGCCCAUCUCAUGUCCUCUGUCCCCUCUUGUGCUCAGACAUCUACCUAAGCUACAGGCCUGCCUGGAGAGCAGCGACGUGAACUACAGGAUAGCUGUUGGGGAGACCAUAGCCUUGCUGGUUGAGUUGGGAAGAGAUAUAGACAGGGUAUGUUUUGCCUAUUGAACAACCAGGGGCUGUAUGUAUCAAGCAUCUCAGAGUAGGAGUGCUGAUUUAGGAUCAGUUUUGCCUUCUAGAUCACAAUUAAUAUGAUUACAUGGACAUGGGGGACCUGAUCCUAGAUCAGCACCGACGUUCUCAGACACUUUGUAAAUACAGGCCGUGGUCUUACUCGCUCACCAGCUCAAACACAAUAUGGAGCCAAUGUAGAUCCCAUGGAGAGGAAGUGGGGGAAAUAUCCCUGCUGAUCCUUGUGUGUUUUUCUAUGUAGGAAUUUGCGUUUGAAGACAGCGACACGCUGUGUGAGUGCCUAAAGGGCCUGGCCACCGACGGGAACAAACACCGUGCCAAGAACGACAGAAGGAAACAGCGCACCAUAUUCAGAGAGGUGCUACACUACAUCGAGGUAAAGAACCACAAGUCACUCUGAACAUUAACCGGCACAAGGUUCUAAUGUUGCUCAAGAGUUUUUAAAUCACACCAGACCAGUCACUGUAACUGGAGACCAUUGGUCGGUUGGUGCGAGAAAUAUGUAAUGUUGAUUCUAAUGACAUUCUUGCCCAACGUCGUGCAGAAUGAGGACUUCCCGGAGGAGAAGAUCCGCUUUGGUGUGGAGGGCAUCUACAUCGACAGUUGGAUGCGCAGGAGGGUCUACGACGCCUUCAAAGAGGUGCUGGAGUCUGGAGUGAGACACCAUCUUCAGGUUUGAACAAACAUCUAAGUCUAUAACUGUGUUGGUAGGAUAUAGUCUUUUUAUAGCUUAGAUAUCAACCAUCUCUGCAAUCAGUAAUGUUCUGAUCAAAUCUUUCUGUAAGGUUUUUGAUGCUUGCUUGCCUCUUAUUUAUCCUUUGGAAAUGGCUAGUUACCAGGUCGCUAUGAUAUAAAUGGUGUGCCUGGGUCUUGUCUCUCCAGUUUAACCCGCUGCUGAGGGACAUAUUUGGCCUGGGACCCCCUCUGAUAUUGGACUCCUCUGUCAAAUCCAGCAAGAUCUCCCGUUUCGAGAAGGUGACCCCAUGGCCUAUGACUGUCUGCAAACCCACCUACCACCAGCACAUAACCACUCAUCAUAAAACCAUAACCACUGCUCUACCACCAGAAAAUACCCACUUAACCUGACACAUACCGGUUCAACAACCACAUGGUGCAUACCAUGUGGGCUCUCCACUGUCUAAUUAUACUGAACAAAAAUAUAAACACAACAUGCAACAAAGAUUUUACUGAGUUACAGUUCAUAUAAGGAAAUCAGUCAAUUGAAAUAAAUUCAUUAGGUCCUAAUCUAUGGAUUUCACAUGACUGUGCAGGGGUGCAGCCAUGGGUGGGCCUUGGAGGGCAUAGGCCCACCCACUUGGCAGCCAGGCCCAGCCAAUCAGAAUGAGUUUCUCCCCACAAAAUAGCUUUAUUACAGACAUAAAUACUCCUCAGCAGCCCCACAACCCCCCUCAGACGAUCCACUAGGUGAAGAAGCCGGAUGUAGAGGUCCUGGGCUGGCGUGGUUACAUGUGGUCUGCUGUUGUGAGGCCAGUUGGACGUACUGCCAAAUUCUCUAAAACAAAGUUGGAGGCAGUUUAUGGUAGAGAAAUUAACAUUACAUUCUCUGGCAACAGCUCUGGUGGACAUUCCUGCAGUCAGCAUGCCAAUUGAAAAAUCGGUGGCAUUGUGUUGUGACAAAACUGCACAUUUUAAAGUGGCCUUUUAUUGUCCCCAGCACAAGGUGCACCCGUGUAAUGAUCAUGCUGUUUAAUCAGCUUCUUGAUAUGCCACACCUGUCAGGUGGGUGGAUUAUCUUUUCAAAGGAGAAAUGCUCACUAACAGGGAUCCAAAAAAAAUGUGUGCUCAACAUUUGAGGAAAUAAGGUUUCUGUGCGUAUGGAACAUUUCUGGGAUUUUUUUUAAUUUCAUCUCAAUGAACAUGGGACCAACACUUUACAUGUUGCGUUUAUAGUUUUGUUCAGUGAAAAUACAUGUUGGUUAAACUAAACGUACUGGUCCAUUUUGAUUUAGCAGUACCAUGAAAUGUUACGUGUUUGCCUAGUCUUCACAGGACUCAAUAGAAACCAGCCCUCCAUGUUGGCAUUCUUCAUUUUGAAGGGUGUAAGUCUGACCUUUUGAUUAUAUUUUCCUCUCACAGCAUCUUUUCAACUCAGCGGCAUUCAAAGCCAGGACUAAACUAAGGAACAAAGUGAGGGACAAGCGAGCAGAUGUGAUGUGAGGAAUGGAGGAGAGGAAUUGGUGGAACGUGCCGUGGCCAAAUAGGACGAAGACCGGUGAAAAGAAUACAGGGGUGUAUUCAUUGAGCCAAAAUGUUUGGAAUGUUGCAGACCAAUGUAAUGAAUAGAGCUGACAUGAUUUCCUAUUCCAAAUGACAGACAAUCCUAUCUGUUCUACACAGUACAUUUC